AUGGAGUCACUAUCAGAGCAUCCUUGGGAUGUAAUCAUUGCAGGUACUGGGCUGGAUCAAUCUCUUCUGGCAUUAGCUCUUUCGCGGUCGGGAAAGAAGGUGCUCCACCUAGAUCAGAACUCAUACUAUGGUGGCUCAGAGGCCGCUUUCAGUCUGGACGAGGCUUCAGAGUGGAUGAACAGUGUCAAUCAACAUCCAGGCCGGACUCCAUUUGAAGAUGCCAAGAUUAUCACCCACCAAGACUCAUCAGAGUCUGCGCCCUCUAAAGCCGACUCCAACACUAGCGAGCGUACUCAGGGCACACCAGACGUCCGUCCGAAGCUAGCUGCCAGUCGCGCCUACACACUCUCUCUUUCCCCAUACUUCCUCUACACCCGCUCAGAACUAAUCUCCAUCCUCAUCUCUUCAAAGGUCUACCGCCAGCUAGAGUUCAUGGCAGUCGGCAGUUGGUGGAUCCACUCUCCGGAACACCCCAAUGCUGAUAGCCUUGAGCUUGGAGCUACGCGACUAUUCCACCGUGUUCCUGGUAACCGGGAAGAUGUCUUUGCCGAUAGCAAUAUCAGCAUGAAGUCCAAGAGGACGCUCAUGCGAUUCUUGCGACACAUCAGCAAACCUCAGGAUGGGGAAGAGCAGGACGAGGCAGAGGAAAAUAAGGACCUGUCGAUGCCCUUUGCGGACUAUCUGUCCUCCAAUUUCAGUGUCCCGCAGGAUCUCCAAAAUCCUCUGCUCUCGCUCUCUCUGUCACAGCUACCCCAGCGGGAUACCUCUGCCAGCUAUGCAGUCCCUCGCAUCAAGAGACAUCUGGCUUCCAUCGGCGCCCUGGGACCCGGAUUCGGGGCUGUCGUCUCCAAGUAUGGUGGAGGCUCUGAGAUCCUUCAGGUAGGAUGCAGAGCUUCUGCUGUCGGAGGAGCUGUGUAUGCCUUGGAUACAGGUAUUCAAUCAAUCACAGAUGGCGAAGUCUCGGCAGAAUCAGAACAUCCUGUCGAGGUGUGUUUGUCGGACGGAGAGACCGUUCGGACUCGUGUCCUCAUUGGUUCUGCCUGGGAUCUUCCCAGUCUGGAGCAGCCACCUUGUACAAAGGUUGCAAGGUCGAUUACUGUCGCUUCUUCAACCUUCACAUCCCUCUUCCCCGUUACAGCUGAAGGUGCACCCGUGCCUGCCAGCACUGUUCUUAUGUUCCCUGGCGAAACAUUGGGCAGCCCUCAAUCUCCGCCGGUGUACCUCCAAGUCCACUCGAGUGACACCGGCGAUUGCCCACGACAGCAGAGUAUUAUCUACGGAAGCGUCGCUCUCUCCGGUCCGGAAGGUCACACUCUCCUCGAGCGUGCCGUGGAUCGACUCCUUCAGGCAGAAGGUCCCCAGGCCAUUGCUCUGUGGUCCAUGCGGUAUAACCAGCUUGGCCGUCUUAGUAACAGCGGAACACCACCCACCAUCCAGACCCAUUCGCCUCAUGUCUUCCGCUUCCCACCGCCUAGCCUUGAUCUGGCGUUUGAGGAUCAGACGGUCGAUAUGAUCAAACAGGCGUGGGUCAACAUCGUAGGAGAUGAGGUGGCUCAUGAUGAGUUUAUGAUCUUUGAGGAUCGCGAAGGCACCUCUGAUGAUUGA